AUGGAAAGGCUGCAGGAGGCAGUAACACUCCUGCAGACUGAGGUGUUAAAGCAAAUUGAAGGUCUGAAGAAGAUAAACUCUGAGCUAAGGCAACAUGUCCUACAACUUCUUGAUAAGAAGCAAGCAGUGGGAAGUCAAGUGGAUAGAUUCACCUGUAAAAAUGAUCACCUGUGUGAAGAACUGGCUGUAAUUGGUGAACUGUCUGAGCAGCUGGAAAAAGAAUUGCUAUUGAAUACUGAUGAUAAGGAGCUAAAGGCAGCAAAGAUUCAAAUUCGGAACCAGCAGAAGACGAUCAAGAAGCUGGAACACUCAGUGAAAACACUAAAAUCUGUUAUUUUACAAACAGAAGCUGAAAUGAAGCAAGGGAGGUCACCUUCAAAGCUUGAUGCCUUUAUUAAGACAUUGGAAGAAGACAGAGACUACUAUAAAAAUGAGACUGAGAAUUUGCUGAAGAUAUUUAGGAACACAUUUUCAAGUCCUAAGCGAACCAAUACUUGUGGCGGCAUACUAAAAAAAAAUUCAUCCGUCCAGGCACAGCAAGAGAUUUCCCGACUUCGUCAGGAAGUUAUCAAGUGCCCAGGGAGUCCUAAAGCUACUGCAACAGCUCAAGCUAUGUUAAGACAAGUGGAGAUGGAAAGGGCUGCAGUACUGUCAGAUUUUCGAAGGAUGACUACAGAACGUGAUAGCCUCAGGGAGCAGUUAAAGAUUUCCCAAGAGACUAUGUUUAAUGAAAAGGCUCAUUUGGAACAGAGAAUUGAAGAGCUAGAAGCUACUAUUCAAAAUUUAGAGAGUGAACGGUUAGAACAGGUGUCCAAAGUGACGCUAAUGAAAGACACCAUCGAUUCUCUGGAAACUGAGAUCAAAAGAUUGGCAAGAAAAGCACUGGACUCUGAAGCUGAGCUGAGCCAACGGGAAGCUGAAUAUGUUUCACUUAAUUUAUUAAAUGAAAAGACAGAACAGAGUCUUUCAGAGGCUCAGCAAAACCUUGUUAAGAAAAAAUAUGAACUGCAAGUUGCUCAAGAGAAAAUUACACUUCUGGAUGAAAAAAUUGAUAACUUUUCAAGACAAAGUCUUGUACAACAAGAGGAGAUCAGUGCUUUGAAAAGAACAGUUGUGCAGCUCAAUAAAGAGAAGGCAUCUAUACAAGGCUGUGUGGAAGAAGGAAGAAAAAAGAUGGCUACUUUUGAGGAAAGCCUGGCAACUAAAGAUAAAAUAAUUGCAGAUUUCAAGAUUCUGAUUUCUGAUUUGGAGCGUUCCAUAAAAAAAUCUUCUGAAGCACUUUGUGUCUGUGAGAAAGAUAUCACAACUUUGGAUCAACAGCUACAAGAAACCACCAAAGAACUUGCACAGGCUAACAAGAACAGAGAAUCAUUAGCUCAGGAGAAUGACAGGUUACAAGAGCAUCUUUCUAGUGUUAAGCAAGAAAAUCAGGUACUGUAUAAAAAACUAGCAAAGUACCAAAAUGAGCUUGAUGAUAUGAAGUUGAAAGUGCAGGAUUUAAACACAGAUACUGUCAGGCUGAAGGAUGUUCUGAAGUCUAAAGAGAGAGAGAACUGUGAGCUUUUGGAGAAUUACCACAAAGCCCGCGAACAAGGACAAAGUUGGGAAGCAAAAUGCCAUCAAGCAGAAGCAGAUUGUAGCUCUGUUAGACUGGUACUGAUCAGUGCAGAGUCUGAGAACUGCAAGUUGAAAGAGAAAGUGGAUUCCCUUGAAAGAGCGAUGGAGCAACUGCAGAGCAAGUGUCAGUCAUCCUAUUCUGAAAUAGAGCUGCUGAGAAAACAACUGGGAAAUGAAAGAGCAGCUAUCAAAAACCUGGAAUCUUUGCUUGUGUCCAGUCGUGAGGAAGAACUUCAGUCACAGAUAGCAAAGCAAGAAAAAGACUCUGCAAUUCAGUUGCUCAAGAAACAGCUUUCUGCAGCAGAAGAUAAACUUGCUGCGCAGAGUCGAGAUUUUACUCAGCUCAGAAAUAGAGCAGUUCAGCUAGAGUUGGAGCUGGAUAUGACCAAAAGACAGCUGGGGACUGAGCGCACUGAAAGGCAACGUAUUGGAAAGGAGCUUCAACGUCGGAAUUGUAUGAUCUCAUAUCAGUUAAGCUCUACAUUAAGAACAUCAUCACCUGAACAUUCCCAUCCGCCAUUGCCUGACUGGUCUCUGGAAGAGUAA